AUGGGCGGAGAAGUACCCCUCGAUGUCUUGAGCGUGAGGCCGGUGACUCCGCUAGAAGAAGAGCCUCGAUGCAUGUUUGUUGAUGACUGUCAAACCGGCUCGCAGCUACGCAAAGCCAUCUCACAUCUCUUUGGACGGAACAAAGCAUGUACUCUUCGUAUCCCAAAACAUGUGUGGGUGUACUAUUGCCGCAAACAUUAUCAACGAAUCAGAUAUCGAAAUGCCAAGACGUACCCUCUCAACCAGAUGCAUCUCGUGAAGAUGCAGAUCACUCGACUCCAGGAGUGGAGCGAGAACAACCGACGCCAGGGAUCAGGUCCCUACAUCAGACUCUGGACCCUGACAUUGCGCAAGCGAGAGCAAAACCGUCUUGACAAGGAAGGCGGUCCGGCAGAUGAAGGCGAUGAUGAUGCUUUGGGGGCUCAAACCGGCUCGGCCGCUCCAGAUUGGGUUAUCCACCGCCUAGGAACCGGAUAUACAACCGAGCAAAUGCUUGAGGUGGCAGAACGCCUGUACCAAGAGAUCAAAGACGAGGUCCUUACGCGGGUCCCUGAAAUUGAGUUCUUGCCUGACAUCGUCGAGUCGGAUGGCGGAGGUAUUGCGAAGCUUAUCAGAACCCGCAAGCAUAUUCGUCCGGUUGCUACCGAAGCACAAAGCAGAGCAUCCAAGCGAAAGAUUUCUGAGAUGGCAGAGACUGUCCCCCAGAGCCGCUUCACGUCUUUCAACCAGCACGAUACGGGAGACUUUGAGAGCCCAUCGAGAAAGCGAAUACGCGUCGGGCCCCCUCAAGCCUACCAGCGCAAACAGUCUCUUCCCAUGCCGCUUCCCUCCAUUGUUAUGCCGUCUGCCGAUUCUCAAUAUGCUGUGCCGCGCAUUCUGCCCGCUAUUCCCAGAAUGCAGGCACUGCCUCCAGAUCAUGCUUAUGGAUCUGAUGCAUACAUGCAUGGGCUUUCUUCUACCCGCCCCGGUCCUCAAAAUAACUUCUAUGGCCACGACUCGCAGCAGUAUGCAGGCCACUAUCAGACAGGCGCCGGCUCUGCUCAGCCACCUCUCUUUCAGCGAGAGAGAGAUUAUCACAGGCUACACCAAAGAUUGCCGUCCAUCAGUGAUCAUUUGUCGGUGGCAAACGGCUACUCAGCUGCCUCGCCGUAUAGGAGCUCCGGGCCAUUCAAUGAGGGCCCAAAUAUGCAACGACCCCUUCACUUGCGAUCAUAUAGCGCAAACGUUGCGACGACUCAAUCCGGCUUUGAGUACCCCCGUCCUAUCAGUUCUAGCGGAGCCGUGCAGCCCGAUCUGGCAUCUUUCGACAAUAGAGAAACGGUAAAUUAUCCAAGCACUCGCGACUAUGCUAUAGAGCAGCGACCUGACUCAAGCCACGCCUACACCACGGGCUGGCAUCAGAACCCAGCUCCCCAGCAGCAAAACUAUUACGCAUCUGGCUCGGCACACGAUCAUGUCGCUCGCUCUCAGGUGGAUGACCGGCGAACUCCGACCUAUUAUGGCUCAACGGCUCAUGGAGCUACCUCGAAGAGAGCUCAGCAUGAAGAAGUUCACUAUGGCAAUACCUGGCCUCACACCGACCAAGCCGUUACGAAGGCGGCUAAAGACGUGCGCGAGGAUUAG